AUGUCUGCUUCUCUGUUCCGCACUGUUCUCGCCCGGCAUGGUGCUCUCGCUGCCAAGCGCUCGCUGGCUGGCAACAGCUUCGUGCGCGGCAAGGCCACCCUGCCCGACCUGAAGUACGACUACGGCGCCCUGGAGCCUUAUAUCUCGGCCCGUAUCAUGGAGCUUCACCACUCGAAGCACCACCAGACCUAUGUCAACGGCCUCAAUAGCGCUCUCGAGGCAAUUGCUGAAGCCGAGGCCAAAGGCGACUUCACCAAGGCGGCGUCUCUUGCCCCUCUGCUCAACUUCCACGGUGGUGGUCACCUCAACCACACCCUGUUCUGGGAAAACCUUGCUCCUGCCAGCCGCGAGGGUGGUGGUGAGCCCGAUGGUGCCCUCAAGAAAGCCAUCGAGGCUGACUUCGGCUCCUUCGAGACCUUCCGCAAGCAAAUGAACGCGGCACUCACCGGCAUUCAGGGUAGCGGCUGGGCGUGGUUGGCGAAGGACAAGGACAGUGGCAACCUCGCUAUCGUGACUCGUGCCAACCAGGAUCCUGUCACGGGUCAGCUUGUGCCGCUCAUGGGCAUCGACGCCUGGGAGCAUGCCUACUACCUCCAGUACGAGAACCGCAAGGCCGAGUACUUCGAGGCCAUCUGGAACGUCAUCAAUUGGAAGACGGUUGCCCAGCGCUUUGAGAAGGCCUAA